CAUUUUAUUUCAUAUGAAGUCACCGACCAUGAAACUUCCGCUUUACCUUUUGUUGGAUCAUGUGCAAUGAAAUUGUAAUGUGAAACAAAUUGGUUAUAAAUAUAGUGAAAAAGACAACAUGUUUGUAUGUCAUUUGCUAUGAUUCGGAUUUAUAAGAAAAUUUGAAAGUUUAGAUAGUGAGACAGUAAUACCAAUGGAUGUUUCUCUUACAUUGAGUGGUAUUGUACUGACUUUGAUAACAUUACUUGUGUUGUCAUGGUGGACAAAAUGUUUCAGUAAAAAACGGUAUCCACCUGGACCAUGGGGCUUCCCUAUACUAGGACACCUGCCUUUAUUAGGAGAAAAACCGGAGUUAAAGUAUUUGCAGUGGCGGCGAAAGUACGGAGAUAUUUUUCCUAUACGCUUUGGUAGUUGGGAAACAAUAAUUGUUAAUGGAUAUGAAGCUAUCAAAGAUGCCGCGGAACGAAAAGACGAUGCCUUUUCCGGAAGACCCGAAUUCGUUUCACAAAUUGCUAUCAAAGAGCAAUUCUGCCGUGUUGGGCUUUCUUUAGGGAAUCUGUAUUUAUCUAUUUUAGAAGCCAUUAGUUUUUGUAACUAUUCUCCGACGUAUCUUCAAGUCAGAAAACGGACAACAACGGCCUUACGAACAUAUAUCAAUAAGUGCGAUUAUCCUCCGAAUGAACUGUUUCGGGAAGAAGCUGAAAAAUUAACAGAAAAACUAUUAAGAUAUGCAUGUGAUGAGCCCGUAUCUUUAGAUUUAGAUAUUCAGUUGGCUGUAAUAGGUACGUUGUAUCAGAUGCUUUACGGCAGAGGAAAAGAAGAUGAAAUAAAACCACACUUGAACUUAAUCAUUGAAUCAUCGGACACGUUUACUAAAUUUGUCGAGUCUGGAAAUUUAGUUGAUGUUAUUCCUUGGUUAAGGCAUGUGAAAAAAAUGGAGGUGGACCAAUUCAAAAAAGCGAUAACAGCAACUUAUGGCAUCACAAAAUCGAAGAUUUCUGAACAUGGAACUUCAUACCAGAAGGGGCAAACAAGGGAUAUUUUAGAUGUAUUAUGUGAGCUAUCAGAGGAUUUACCCGAUCAUGACAGCAACGGUAAGACAUCAGCCACACUUUUACAAUUUCAAAUUUCGACAUUGCAAGGUGCCGGGUUUGAAACAACAAGUCGCCUGUUACUGUUCAUCAUCUUAUAUCUGACUAAAUAUCCAGACAUACAGGAGCGUGCCCAUAAAGAGAUUGAUCAAGAAUUAGGAAGUAACAGGAAUAUUUCUGAAAAAGAUCAGGCGAACCUUCCGUACGUAAUGGCAACUAUCCUUGAAGUUAUGAGAAAAGCAUCAAUAACUCCAUUCGCACUACCCCAUUUUACACUGCAUGACACAAAAGUGCGAGAGUAUGACAUCGACAAAGGCACAGUUGUCUUUUUUAACUAUCAUUCAGUAGCAAACGAAGUGUCAUAUUGGGGUGAUCCGGAAAUCUUUAGACCUGAAAGACUUCUUGAUAAUUCAGGUAAACUGGACAGGGAAAAAACCUCGUAUAUCCUUCUUUCCACAUUUGGCACGGGACGGCGUCAAUGUCUCGGUGAGGCUUUAGCAAAAAUGAACAUUUUCAUUGUAAUUUCAACUUUGCUACAGCGCUGUUCAUUUCAGAAACCUGACGGAUGUGACCUUGAUCUUGAACCCAUUAGAGGUCUUAUUCUGUCGCCAAAACCAUUCAAAGUCAUUGUGAAAAGAAGAUUCUAGACGAAACUUCUAUUCCUGUGAUGUUAAUAAAUCUUUAAACUAAUGAAGACAAUAAGAUGGUGCAUUAACAAAUUUGGACAGAAAAGGAACAGAUAAAUAUAUCAUCGAUAUUAAGUUUGACUGAUCCUAAAAAAAAUGGACAUGGUCAAUGGAGUAUGUUGAUUAUUUCAUAAUACUACUUAAAGCGGCCUUCGUCUUUCAUUUACUUUUGGAAAAUCAGUUCUGUGUUGUUUCAAACUAUGUAAUUCAGUAAUUUUUUGUUGGAAAAGUGCAUCACAUCACUGUUAACCAUUCUUUAUCGUACCGAAAGCUUUUUAUAACGCGUCAGUGACGUUCGUUUCUAACAAUAGAUUGUCACAAAGAGCAAUUAAUAUCAAACUUUCACAAUGUCAUAUUUGUUUUCAAUACUGAUGCGAAUAUGUAUCAUUACUCUAUUUUUGUAUAUAUUUAUCAUUUGACAGUUAAAAAAUUCUUGUAAAUCAGAAUUUACAUCGUGUAAGAUCAAACCGUACGCGCAUCGCCACAGCGCAUGUUGUUUACAACGUGGGGUACCCAACGGGAAAAUUGAGUGUGUAUAUUACCCGUCUGGCUCGGUAAUAUCAAUUUCUUUCGGGUGAUCAAUAGCCAAUCAAAAAGGCGGAAAAAAUCUGGAAGGGGAAUAAUAUAUAAAUAACACAUGGGUUUGUGGGUAACAGUAAAAAUAUCAUACCGAGGAAAAUACUGUUACCCGAGGCGUAUUAUUUUAUUACCAAGAACAAAAAUACUGUGAUGAUCUGAAAUUGUCAACUAAAUCUAACUGUAACAAAAAUAAACCAAGAGUAACAAUAACUAAACUGUCCUUACUUUUUAAGAUUUAAGUGUACAUUCGGCCUACUUGAGAAGUUUUCUUUUUCUUUUAUUCUUUAUGUAAGUGAUGAUAUCUACAAAUCAUAAACAUACAAUAAGCUAGGUUUUAUUUAGAAAACAAAACACUAACCCAUUUACACGGUCAUGAUCUGUGAGAUCUGACCCUUCUGCAGAAUAUUCUUAGCAUGGUUUUUGACAAAAUAACGAUGAUAUUCUAUGUCUGUCCACCAUAUCUAUAACGUUUCACUGAUUAAAAUUGUUAAAUAAUCCUUUGUUGCAUGCUUAAAUCGUAUGCAUGUUCCAGUUUGACACAUUAUUAUUUACAUUGCAAGUACUUUCGUUGAAAACGGAUGUUCACUUUUUGACUAUUCAACAAAAAUAUAUUUUAUACACGAAAAGCACACCAGGGUGCGAACAACUAAAUUUUAUGGGUGUCAUAGUUACUCCAGAAAAGAAAUUGAUGUCCUAUCGGGGUUUAACGUCGAAAAUAAGAAUGAAUCGAGAAAAAAAUGGCGGCCAUUUUAUUUCAUUUUAUUUAGAAAAUAGACCACGUGACCAGAUUUUAUACUAUUAAAAAAUACUGUUACCUAUGUAACAGUACAAAAUUCUUAGUUACGUGGUACACUUGCAUUAACAGUAAAAAUAACUCCCAGAGGCCUAUGAGAAAUUAGCGUUACGAAAAAAGUAAGGGGUAAUAAUACAUUAUGUGCUUUUAAAGUUCUAUUUAUCACCAUAUCUGCAUCUUUGUUGUUUUUUCUUAAAGAUAUAAAGCUAUUUUUGAAUACUUCUCUAAUAAUAAUAAUAAUAAUAAUAAUAAUAAUAAUAAUAAUAAUAAUAAUAAUAAUAAUAGUAAUAAUAAUAAUAAUUAUUAUUGUUAUUAUUAUUAUUAUUAUUAUUGGUAAUAUGUUUUAUCAAUAAUUAGCAACCCCUCGCCCUUUUUCACAGUUUGUCGUAUAUCGUCAUCUACUGUAGAUAUUAUUAGUGGGCCAACCUCCAUCUAGAGAUCAUAUUUUGAGAAUAAACACUCUAAAGUUUUUAUUCUAAAGCACUAUUAAGUGUUGAGACUUGAGUACAGCUCAAGCUGGUGCUAGAGGGGGUGAGGGAUUAUAGAUGUUGCACUUAUUUAUUAUCCCUCAUGUACAGACUCAAUCAGACCGCGUCUGCAAUUUUCAUGUUAUUCUGUUGUGAUAAUGAGCUGCCUGUUUAAAAAAGAGUGCAACAAUAUGUUAUGUCGUUAAAAUUAUAAAAGUUCGGUGUUGCAGCUGAAUAUAUAGGUAAACGGCAAUAUUCAUUCAUGUGAGACAAGAUCAUGUAAAAGUUUAUUCAAUAUUUUUUCCGAAGUGUAAAAUAUAAUGGCGCAAAAUCCUUUGUAUAUAAUGGCCAUUAUAAAACUUUAUGCUGUCAAAAUUGUCAAUCAAAAGUCAUUUUGUUAAUAUGCAAUUAUCUUAUAUUCCACUUCACACAGAUCUUUUAUAGUUUUUUAUGUAAAGUGUUGUGCGUCUUAGUUUUUGACUGUGAGGUAUUUUAUUUCACGCACCAAUGCCACUAUCAGUAGUACCUAAAGCCAAGAAUGGAAAUAAGUGAUUAAUUCUGUAUUUUAUGUUAUCCUUUGUUAAAUGUAUUUGAUCUGGUUUCAUUUCUCAUACAUUUUUUACCUUGUUAUUGUUUUAUUUACUUUUUUAUUGUUUUAUUACGUUUUUAUCAUGCUUAAGAUAUGUAUUACCACGUUAUUGCAUAAUACUGAAAUAAAUACAUCUAUCUCACAUACCUUGUUGGUGACUGAAAUUAGUUUCUGAAUAAAUUGUGAAACAGUUACUGUUGAAGAUAUUUGACUCGUAAGUAUGAUAAUAUAUAUUUAUAUUAUUGGUUAUACGUUUUACUUGUUUUCACAAAGCCUAUAAUAUAUGGAUAAUGUAUCAGUAAUUAUCUGUGCAUUAAAAAUUCAAAGAA